GGAAAGGCGGCAGUGAUGGAAAAGACCACAGGAAAGGAAAGAGAAAGGAGAAGAAAAAAGGGUAACAACCAAGUAAAAUAUCGAGAUAUGGAGAAGCGUCUCUCCCCACCUUGUCAAAGACUCAAAAUCGUCUCCCCCUCUUGGGGUCGCCUCGAUACAGCCUCUGUUUCUUCAGAAUAAACAUAACCAACCGAUUCUGUUUUCAGAUUUUCUGAACCCAACUUGGAAUUUGGAAGGAGAAGGCGUCCGUUCGUUGUGCUCGUCAUUCGAAGGUUUCAAAAAUAACGAUUUGUUUCAGCAGUUCAUCAUCUCACAAGAUAAAAGGAAAUGGCUGGAGUAGGUAAUACACAGCAGAACUUCAGAAAAGCUCUAGGUGCUCUUAAGGAUUCAACAAAAGUUGGACUAGCUAAAGUCAACAGUGACUACAAGGAGCUGGAUGUAGCUAUAGUUAAGGCCACAAACCACGUCGAGCAGUUAGCAAAAGAAAAACAUAUCCGCACUAUUUUUGAAGCUGUUUCUGCUGUGAGACCUCGGGCAGAUGUUGCAUACUGCAUACAUGCUCUUGCUAGACGGCUGGCCAAGACACACAACUGGGCAGUUGCACUGAAGACUCUGAUUGUCAUACACCGGUCCCUAAAAGAAGUUGAUCCCACAUUUCGUGAAGAACUCAUCAACUAUAGUAGGAGCAGAGGUCAUAUCCUGAACUUGUCUCAUUUUAAAGAUGACUCAAGCCCAAGUGCAUGGGACUACUCUUCAUGGGUUCGCACGUACGCACUGUAUCUCGAAGAAAGAUUGGAAUGUUUUCGUAUAUUGAAGUAUGAUGUCGAAACAGAACGCUUGAGCACUAGAGAACUAGAGACUGUUGAGUUGCUUGAGCAACUUCCAGCUAUGCAGCAGCUUCUUUUCCGCCUUCUAGCCUGUCAGCCAGAAGGUGCCGCUAUGUACAAUCAUGUUAUCCAAUAUGCACUUUCCUUGGUUGCGGGUGAAAGUAUUAAACUUUACAAUGCUAUCAAUGAAGGGACCCUUAAUUUGGUUGACAAGUUCUUUGAAAUGCAGCGUCAUGAUGCCAUUCGUGCACUUGAAAUCUAUAGGAAGGCAGGGCAUCAGACGGAAAGGCUGGCUGAGUUUUAUGAAGUUUGCAAAGGACUAGAUCUAGGACGUACCCAUAGGUUUCCAAAAAUUGAACAGCCUCCUUCAUCAUUUAUCACAGCCAUGGAGGAGUAUAUAAAAGAAGCACCACUGGCAUUAGUGGUUCGUAAAGACAUGGAUGGCAGCUUCAAAGGUACUGCUGCUCCAAAGGUAGCCUUGGAGGCUCCAAAGGUCGUGAAGGAAUUGGAGUAUAGAAAAAGUGUAGAUGCAGAAGAGAAGCCAGAACCACACCCACCACCUCCAGAGCCUGUCAUUGCUGAACCUCCAAAAGUUGAAGCCUCUCCUCCACUCGUGGAUCUCUUGGGGACAAGUGAAACAAGCAAGGAAGCAUCAGAGCUUGAUGAAAGAAAUGCCUUGGCGCUUGCAAUCGUUCCCUCUGAAAGCUCGUCAAAUAGCCAGGCUGCCCCUGAUCUCAGUAGUGGUGCAACUGGAUGGGAGCUUGCACUUGUGAGUGCUCCGAGUUCUUAUGAAAAUGCUGCAACAGAGAAAUUGGCUGGAGGGUUAGACAAACUUACGUUAGACAGCCUAUAUGACGAUGCAAUGACAAGAAGGGCUAGUCAGAAUGGAAACUACCAUUUUGGACAGGUCUCACCUAACCCGUUUGGGUAUGCUCAGUCAACAUAUGACCCCUUUCAUGCCUCUACCCAGAUUGCUCCUCCAGCAGCUGUGCAGAUGGCUGCAUUGUCUUAUCAGCAGCAGGUAUUCAUAGCACAACAGCAACAGCAGCAGCAGCUACAGCAGAACAUGAUGGGUCAACAGUAUUCCAGCAAUCCUUUUGGCAAUCCUUAUGGAGAGACGGGUGCUAAUUCCUAUCCACCUCAUAAUCCUUAUACUGGGCUUCUUUGAAAGUUUACUUUUUCUCAGUUCAUCGGUGAAAGGUGCAAGAUGCAGCAUUGGUUUGUGAUUCACAAUCGCAUCACUUAGCAUAUGCUUUGCUGUCAUGGUCUUUUGAAAUGGAUUAUACUAGAAGUCGUCCAGGUAAUUCAUUCGUCUGCAAUGAUAUCCGAUUCGUAAUGAAGCUAAGAGACUUCUGUAAAUACAACUAUGCAGGAUAUGUUGGGCUUUUGUUGAUACACGGUAGAGAUUCUCGGAUGAAUUUCUCAAUAAGGCAGUAUUUGAUUUAUCAGACAUAUAAGCAACAAAUUAGUGAUUGCUGGAAGGUUGCAAGCAGCUCUUUCUUGUCAUUGUAGAUGAUGAUUGAAGCGAAGUUGUUUUUUGACGCCAGUUUUGUACAAAGACCAUUUUACAAUAUACGGUCAUGGCUUCAUGACGUCAUACUUAGUGAAAUCACCAUAUAUUCUUAUAUCCUGGUAAAAGUUUACA